AUGGUUUCCUCAAGCUCUCAUUCAUUACUUUCUCUAAUUACUCUACUCAUCAUCACCAUUAACCUAAACACUCAAUUAAUCUUUGCUCAGCCACGUUACCUGUCGAAGUUUUGUUUUCCCAACGAAGGCAACUACACCACCAACAGCACUUACCGCACAAACCUCAACAGCCUUCUCUCCACUUCUCUCCUCUCCAACGGUAACGGCCACGGCUUCUAUAGCUCCUCCUCCUCCCAAAACGACGUCGAAAGAGUCUACGCAAUCGGGCUCUGCAGAGGAGACAUUAACCCCGAUGCUUGCGGUAGUUGCCUCAGUAACUCUACAAUCUCCAUCGCACAAGCUUGCCCUAACCAAAAGGUGGCAGUUCUAUGGCGGGAUGUUUGCAUGCUACGCUACUCAAACCGCUCCAUACGUGGCUUCAUGGAAGCCGGUCCGAUUUUCUAUACCACGAGCUCCGGCAACGUGUCGUCAUCUGACGUCGGAGGGUUCAACCGGCAGCUCAUGACCCUACUGGAAAGAUUGAGAGGUGAAGCAGCGGCUGGUGGUGAUCUUGUUAAGUUUGCAGUUGGAAACGUUUCGAAAAAUAAUGUUAUUUCUCAGACGAUAUAUGGACUUGCUCAGUGUACACCGGAUUUGACGGAGUCCGACUGCAACAAUUGCUUAGUAUCAAUUGCUGGUGACAUCCCACAGUGCUGUUAUGGGAAGCUUGGUGGGAGACUUGGUACACCCAGCUGUAGCUUGAGGUUUGAUGUUUACAAAUUCUUUAAUGACACUACGGCCGAUACAACAAUUACAAGAGGAAAGAAGAGCACUAUGUCAGCUCGGACUGUCAUCCUUAUUGUUGUGCCAUCUGUUUUUGGUAUGGUACUAACUAUAUCUACGUGGAUACAUGCGAUGUUAAGGGAAACAGGGGAGGAAGUGCUAGGUGAAGAAGCAGAUGAAAUUAGAAGUGCAGAAGCCUUGCAAUUCGACUUUGCCUCCAUUAGAGUUGCCACAAAUAACUUUUCUGAAGAAAAUAAGCUCGGAUGGGGUGGAUUUGGUGAUGUUUACAGGGGGACGCUUCUCAAUGGAGAAGAUAUAGCAGUGAAAAGACUAUCUACGGAUUCUGCACUAGGAGAUUUGGAAUUUAAAAAUGAGGUCUUGUUAGUGGCCAGGCUACAACACCGCAAUUUAGUCAGGCUCCUUGGUUUUUGCCUGGAAGGAAAUGAAAGGCUUCUUGUCUAUGAGUUUGUCCCUAACGCAAGUCUCGAUCAAUUCAUAUUUGAUCCAAUCAAGUGCGCUAAUUUGGAUUGGGAGAGUCGCUACAAAAUCAUAGUAGGAAUUGGACGGGGGCUCCCUUACCUUCACGAAGAUUCUUGUCUUAGAAUUAUUCACUGUGAUUUGAAAGUUAGCAACAUUUUGUUAGAUGCAGAAAUGAACGCAAAAAUUUCAGAUUUUGGCAUGACAAAGUUGUUUAUGCUUGAUCAAAGACAAGGCGAGACCAAUCGAGUUGUGGGGACCUAUGGAUAUAUGGCUCCUGAAUAUGUAAUGCGUGGAUACUUUUAUGAUAAGUCCGAUGUUUAUUGCUUUGGUGUACUAGUUUUGGAGAUAAUAAGUGGACAAAAAAUUUGUUCUUCCCGCCAUGAAGAGAAUGAGGAUCUUCUAAGCUAUGCAUGGAAAAAUUGGAAGGAAGGGACAGCUUCAAAUAUAAUAGAUCCCACCUUGAGAACUGGUUCAAGAAGUGAUGAAAUAAUGAGAUGCAUCCAAAUUGGAUUGUUAUGUGUGCAACAAACUAUUGCUGAAAGGCCAACUAUGGCUUCAGUUAUUCUCAUGCUUACUAGCAGCUCUCUCAGUCUCCCAGAACCCUCACAGCCACCCCUUUUUAUGAUCGAAUUGGAGAUGUCAGGUGUGGUAGGAUGA